CGCUACUUCUAUCUUCUUCCCCAAAAGCAACAGAAAUCCAUUUUGAGGAGAGAGAGACCCAAUUUUAGAGAGAGAAACCCGCCAUAGUCACGCAGCUCAGUUCGAAACCAAACUCGGCAAAGAAGAAGGAAAUGGAGGGCAAGGAAGAGGACGUGAAGUUAGGAGCUAACAAGUACUCCGAAAGACAGCCAAUCGGCACAUCAGCACAGACGGACAAGGACUACAAAGAGCCGCCGCCUGCUCCGCUGUACGAGCCCGGCGAGCUCACGUCAUGGUCCUUUUACAGAGCCGGAAUCGCGGAGUUCGUGGCCACUUUCUUGUUCCUGUACAUUACCAUCUUGACGGUGAUGGGAGUCAGCCGAGCUCCGUCCAAAUGCUCCACCGUCGGCAUUCAGGGCAUCGCGUGGGCCUUCGGUGGCAUGAUCUUCGCUCUCGUCUACUGUACCGCCGGCAUCUCCGGUGGGCAUAUUAAUCCGGCGGUGACAUUCGGGCUUUUCUUGGCGAGAAAGCUGUCGCUCACCAGAGCCAUAUUCUACAUCAUAAUGCAAUGCCUAGGCGCAAUCUGCGGCGCCGGCGUCGUGAAGGGUUUUGAGAAGUCCAUCUACGAGCAAAAGCUUGGCGGCGCUAACUUCGUCGCCGCUGGCUACACCAAAGGCAGCGGCCUCGGCGCCGAGAUCAUCGGCACCUUCGUUCUGGUCUACACCGUCUUCUCCGCCACCGACGCCAAGAGAAACGCCAGAGAUUCUCACGUCCCUAUUUUGGCUCCUCUUCCAAUUGGGUUUGCUGUGUUCUUGGUUCAUUUGGCCACCAUUCCGAUCACCGGCACCGGCAUUAACCCGGCGAGAAGUCUCGGAGCUGCCAUUAUCUACAACAGGGAACACGCAUGGGAUGACCACUGGAUUUUCUGGGUGGGGCCGUUCAUUGGAGCUGCUCUGGCUGCGAUUUACCACCAGAUCAUCAUCAGAGCUAUUCCAUUCAAGGCCAGAGCUUGAAGAGAACACCUUGAUUCAUUAUCUUUGGAGUAUCAUCUUUUUAUUAUGUGUUUUUGUAAUCUUAAUUUGUUAAUUUGGUGCCCUUCAGGUUCAGAACUAAGAUGGGUUUGUGUGUAAAUUAUUUUUGUGUUGUAAUUUUCAUGUUUUUAUUGGACUUUUAUUCUUUUGUGCA